CAGACAGGGAUCGGCGCUAAACGAGGCCACGCAUUGUCUGGCCCUCCCGCCCUCCGUUGCGAGCGAGCAACGUGAUUGGCCCAGGCCUCGGAAAGAGUGCCCGUGGAUCCAAAUGUACAGGCCGCAUUUAUCUUAGUGUCGAAAAAUAAACCCAAACAAUAACAGACACAACCGAGAAAGGAAACAUAUCGACGAUCCAUUUCAAGGAGUCCAUAAUAAGGGUUCUCCCUCCCAAUGGAAGGAAGAAACACCAGCAACACACUGUUCUUAUUUUAGAGUGCAUUGUCAUCAAAUGUGCAGCUUUUUUUUAAGAUCAAAGAGAUGGACCACGGUGGAGGGAUCCUGGAGCUACACACACAGGAAUUAAAGAUGCCUCACACCAUGAUCAUGCAAGACUUUGGAAUGAGGGGCCUGGCCCACAUCGACGGGGAUCACAUUUUGGUGUCUGUGCCUGAGGGCAUGCUCCUGUCUGACGUCAUGACAGACGAAGGCAUCCUGCUGGAGCACGGCCUGGAGGUGCAGGGCCUCGAGACGGAGGUGGAGGUGGAAGGCCUGGAGGUGCAGGGCCUCGAGACGGAGGUGGAGGUGGAAGGCCUAGAGACGGAAGUUGAAGGCUUUGGAGCGGAGGUGGUGGAGCUAGAGACACAGAUGGUUGAGGGCCUCGAGACGGAGGUGGUUGAAGGCCUGGAGGUCGAGGCCCUGGAGGCGGAGGUGGAAGUCGAGGGCCUUGAAGCAGAGGUAGAGGUCCUAGAGGAAUAUCUAGAGACUGAGGUGAUUGAAGGCCCUGACAUCGGACACGAACACUUGCUGGGUUCCGAAGUGGCCAUCGAGGAGGCUAUAGACUCUCACCAUCACCAUGUUCUAACCUCAGACCUCAUCCAGGGCUCAGUCCACCAUCACCACCACCACAUGCCAGACCAUCUUUUUGUGGAGCACCAGGAGGAGGAUGGGUUGGACGGCUUGGACCAGGAGGUGUUGGUGGGGGAGGAGGAGGAGACAGUGAUCCAGGCCCACGAGGAGCUGCCGGUGGACGUGGAGGCUGUCUCUCUGCAGACUGAUGAGGAGGACUACCUCAUGAUCUCUUUGGAUGACGUUGGUGAGAAGCUGGACAGAGGAGACACUCCUCUAGAGAUCACUACUGAGGUGAUGCAUGAUGAAGACUCCAACAAGGAGGGGUCCGAGGUCAUCAAGGUCUACAUCUUCAAAGCAGAGGCUGAUGAUGAUGUGGAGAUAGGUGGGACUGAGGUGGUGUCUGAAAGUGACUGCCAUAACGGCCACCAUGCUGGGUCGGAGUCUGGGGGAGGAGGCAGACAUGGCCGGGGGGAGAGGAUGGUCUACAUGGCUGUGAAGGACCACGCCCAGUCAGAGGAAGAUAUCAAUGUGUCAGACAUGGCAGAGCAGGUGUACAUGGAGGUGAUUGUAGGAGAGGAGGACACCUCUGCAGUCCAGGAGAACCAGCUAGAUGACUCUCCAAACAGCAAGAUGUUAGUCCCUGUCUCCUGGGCUGCUGCCUACGAUAACAACAGUGUGGACACGGUGAGGAAUGGAGGGACCAGGCCAUACCUUCAGAUCAGAGACGGUCAGGGUACCAACAGAGCCCUCAAACAGAAGAUCAAGAAGAAGAAGAGGAAUGGCGAGACACGGCAGUGCCAGACCGACAUUAGCAGCAGAGAACUGGAAGGAAAGGUGGCCAAAGGAGGUGUUGGCUUUGGGGGUGACCAAUGCAAUAUACCUGCCAGAGCUUGUGCUACAGCUGUGAUCAUCGGUCCAGACGGCAUGCCCCUGACUGUCUACCCCUGUCACAUCUGUGGUAAGAAGUUCAGGUCACAAGGCUUCCUCAAGUGCCACAUGAAGAACCAUCCUGACCACCACCUUAAGAAGUACCAGUGUACCGACUGUGACUUCACCACCAACAAGAAGGUCAACUUCCACAACCACCUGGAGUCCCACAAGCUACUGGUCCAUCGCAGUGACAGAGACAGAACCUCUUCCCCAGACUACCCAGAAUACAACAGGACCACCCCAGAGUACCCAGAAUACAACAGGACCACCCCAGAGUACCCAGAAUACAACAGGACCACCCCAGAGUACCCAGAAUACAACAGGACCACCCCAGAGUACACAGAGUACACCCGGCGUUACCACGAAGACAGCCAGCUAGGGUCUAACAAGCUGAUCCUGAGGGACAAGGAGUCCAAACUGCACCACUGUAAGUACUGUGACUAUGAGACUGCAGAGCAGGGGCUCCUCAACCGCCACCUGUUGGCCGUUCACAGCAGGAACUUCGCCCACGUGUGUGUGGAGUGCACUAAAGGCUUCCGUCACCCGUCAGAGCUCAAGAAGCACAUGCGGACCCACACGGGGGAGAAGCCGUACUGCUGCCCGCACUGUGACUUUCGCUGUGCAGACCAGUCCAACCUAAAGACUCACAUCAAGAGCAAGCACGGUGCCGACCUGCCUUUUAAGUGUGGCCACUGCCCCCAGGCCUACGCUGACGAAGGGGAGCUGCAGCGGCACACGGAGAUGGUGCAGGGCCACAAGACCCACCAGUGUCCCCACUGCGAACACAAGAGCACCAACUCCUCUGAUCUAAAACGACACAUUAUAUCUGUUCACACCAAAGACUUCCCUCACCAGUGUGACGUGUGUGAGAAGGGCUUCCACCGGCCCUCUGAGCUGAAGAAACACUCAGAGACGCACAAGGGCAGCAAGGUGCACCAGUGCAGGCACUGUAACUUCACGACCUCUGACCCUUUCACCCUCAGCAGACACAUCCUGUCCGUUCACACCAAGGACCUCCCCUUUAAGUGUAAACGCUGCCGGCGAGGGUUCCGCCAGUCCACAGAGCUGAAGAAACACAUGAAGACCCACAGCGGGAGGAAGGUGUACCAGUGUCAGUACUGCGAGUACAACAGCCCAGACGCUUCAGGAUUCAAACGUCACGUAAUCUCGAUCCACACCAAGGAAUACCCCCACUGCUGUGACUACUGUUGUAAAGGCUUCCGAAGGCCCUCGGAGAAGAGCCAGCACAUAGCCAGACAUCACAAAGAUAUGUUGAUGGAGCGUUGUUAAUACAAUGUUGACACAACGUUACCCGGACAGACAGACUGGCACACUCACUCCUCAGUCUACGUAGACCUGAUUCACACGACAAAGGGGGAACACGUUUAGGCAGUUGAUAAGGAUGGAAUGGUACAUUUAGAAUGCUAGCGAUGAUAACAUUCUGACUGUUUCUCUUUUUCUACUGGUUGUAUAGAGUAGGAAGAGGUCUCACCAGACCCCCCCCCCCAUUCCCUCUCCCCCAGGCGUAAUCAAACUAAGCAUGUGGUGGAAGUUGGUGAAGUUUAAAACCAGUGUAUAUGUUGUCAGUGGGGCUCCUGUCACUCUUUCUGUAUUUAUUUAACUGCAGAGAGGAUUCACCAUAUGAUUAACAUUUUUUUUUUCAGGGUCUCAAAAUAUGUCUGUGUGUAUUCCUGUUGAAUAUCUGGAAGAAAGACAUGGACAGAAGUCCUCUAAUAUAGGAAGUGGUUAUUUGAGAACAUCAUUCAGGCCUGUUCUUCUCUAUCUCACCAGACUGUAUCUGGAUCAAACUAGUGCAUACUGUAUCUGGAUCAGACUAGUGCAUACUGUAUCUGGAUCAGACUACUGUAUCAAACUAGUGCAUACUGUAUCUGGAUCAAACUACUGGAUCAAACUAGUGCAUACUGUAUCUGGAUCAAACUAGUGCAUACUGUAUCUGGAUCAAACUAGUGCAUACUGUAUCUGGAUCAAACUAGUGCAUACUGGAGAGCUGCAAUGCUCUGCUAACAACUUGUAUCUUCAAACCUGGGUUCAAAUCAUUUUUGAAAUAUUUCUUAUACGUUUAGCAUUUCCUUUAUCCUGCCUAGAGUGGACUUUUGCGAAUCGGUUGGUUCUGUUUUGCCUGGCAAGCCCAAGGAAGGUAUGUAUUUGAAAUUAUUACAAAUAGUUUUUGAACCCAGGUCUAAGUAUCCUCCCAAUAACCUGGUUUAUACCCUAAUACCGUAUGUUUUAAAGGCAAUCUGAAUCACAAUCAUGUCAUUAUGAGCCUGUGGGCCCUGUUUGGGUGGUCCACCUGUGAGGUCAGAGUGGAACAAUGUUUACACAAGCACCUUAAUCUACGAGCUAUGAAACCAACUCGUUUUUUUUAAACAAACAACUUUGUUUUGUUUCUUCUUAACAGUGCCAAUUUAUUAUUAAUUCAACUUUAAUGUUUUGGUGUUUGGUGGACAGAUGGUUCUGUAUCUCUGUUGUCACCACAGUUUUUUGACCUUGUGAAUGCCACUGUAAGUUGUGUAUGUGACCUUGUGAAUGCCACUGUAAGUUGUGUAUGUGACCUUGUGAAUGCCACUGUAAGUUGUGUAUGUGACCUUGUGAAUGCCACUGUAAGUUGUGUAUGUGACCUUGUGAAUGCCACUGUAAGUUGUGUAUGUGUCAUCACAUAGAACACAGAUGUGGUCACACACAAGCCAACCAUCCGAUGGUCAUGUCUUAUGUUCUGUUUCUCCUCGUGCACUGAGCUCUGCUAAAACAGACAUCUGAAAAGUAAAGUGAUUUUAAGUCUCAAACAUAUGCCGUGUAAAGAGAUUGUGUGUUUGAGUCAGUAGAAAGCACUUUAACUAUUAUUUUGUUAAUUUUACAUGUACGCAAAGGUGUAUAAUGUAUAUUCCCUGAAUGAGACCAUAUGAGUGUUGUGGGUAUUUCAGGGCCUGGAGUGGGACGGUAGCGACCAGUAUUCAUCCAAAUGUAUCAUCAAUAGAGAGCUGUCAAAUGAACUUUUCUGUUUUCAUAUCUGCUAGGUAAUUGGUUGGUCAUUCUGUUGAGAUUUCUGCUCACUGGUGUCCAGCAACCCCACAGUCGGUUGGCUACACACACCUUAAGUACAAUGGUGGAGAGAUUGUCGUUGGAGUCUUGAAGUAUGCACAUAGUAGGCUGGCCAUGAAAUGAAUUGUGUUUAAAAAAAAAUGUAUGUAUUUUUUUUAUUUUUUUUGUCUGACUGUUCAGAAACUACUGGUGAGGAGCAACCAAAAUAAACAAUUACCUUUUUA